GUUGGUCUCCGUGGCUCGGACGUACGAUCGCCGUGAAUGCAUGUCCGCUGUUGAACCUUUCCCCUCCUUCCCCGCGAUCUAGACCUACACUCUUGCAGUCAUCAACCAUGUCCAACAUCUUCGAUGAUUUCAAGGAAGGCCAGAAGAUCGGCUCUGGCGCCCGCCUGGCGGCAUCUCUCUCCCCCGUCGCGACUGCGGAGUACCCCGACCGUCUGAAGUCGUUCUACUACUUUUCUAACGCCGUACAUGUUUCCGCCGACCUCCGCUACUCGCUCUUCCAAGCAAAUGGCCUGAGGCUUCCCAAGCAAGAACAGAACUCGUGGGUCGAUAUCUUUACCGCUUAUUGGAAAGCCGUGGGGGAGAUAGUUCUAUUCGACGACUCCCCCAGACAUGCUAGUUGGGUAAAAGUGUUCGAUGCGUGGAAGGAUACGGCAAAUCAAUUGAUUAGGGGCUACUCGACAGGCAGUCUGCAAGCUUGGACGGUGCCAUGCUUGUACUCUGUCGGAAGAUAUUUGCGGGCCUUCGCCAUGAAGGCCGAUGCUGAGCUUUCUGCCCAAGACUCCGUCACUUUCGACGGUCGCUUUCAAGAUGAUGCGACGGAUGCCAAGAAUCCAAAGCUGGAGGAAGCUACACGGGUGCUCAACAGGAUGUUUACUUUGUGUCUAAGUGACCGGGCACCGAUCGAGGAAUCGCGAAAAUGGGGCAUCUACGACACUACAAACCUGCUGUUCAAGACAUACUUCAAACUCAACACUGUUGGCCUCUCCAAGAACUUGCUGCGUGCCCUCAAUGCCUCAUCUGCCGAUCUUCCCGGCUUAGACGCCUUUCCCAAGUCUCAUAUUGUCACCUUUGAGUACUACGUCGGUGUUAUACACUUUCUGGAUGAAAAUUAUGCCGAAGCUGAAGAGCAUCUGUCGUACGCAUGGAGGAUGUGCAACAAAGCUGCGACGAAGAAUAGAGAGUUGAUUCUCACCUACCUCGUUCCCUGCCAUCUUGUCACCACACACACUUUGCCCAGCAAAAAGCUUCUUGCACCGUUCCCUCGUGUAGAGAAGCUCUUCCGUCCAUUGUGCGACUGUAUCAAAAAGGGAGACCUGGGCGGGUUUGAUGCCGCGAUGACAGCCGGGGAGGAAGAAUUCGUCAAGAGGCGCAUAUACUUACCCCUGGAAAGGGGACGCGAUAUCGCUUUACGGAACCUCUUCCGCAAGGUCUUCAUCGCCGGUGGAUUUGACGAACCCAAGGAAGGACAGCCUCCCAUUCGUCGCACGCGGGUUCCCGUUGCUGAGUUCGCAGCGGCGUUAAGGAUCGGUACCCAUGCCGAUGAUCGGUCCCGCGUAGACAUUGAUGAGGUUGAGUGUCUGCUGUCAAACCUUAUCUAUAAGGGAUUGAUGAAAGGCUACAUUGCCCGUGAACGCGGCAUGGUUGUAUUGAGCAAAGGUGGCACUGCAUUCCCUGGAACGGGGGUUUAGCACUACUAUCAACCGUCAUCGCAUCUUCGGUGACGCCCUAUCACACUUAUCGAACAGUAUCGGGUCACCAGUAUACUAUCGCCCGAAGGGCAUUACCCGAGAGCCUUCAAGAUCACGGCUAUGGCAGGGACGUCUGCAGCGCUGGCCAGCCUGUAUUACAUGCGCUCCAACAGCCCUUCGAGCAGCUCCCGUGCAGCAUGCAUAUCAUAGAUGACCGCUUACAGGACCCAUACCUCCAACGGCGCUGGUACAUGAACGGACGGUAGGCCCGCAGUUGUGCAAGUCGUACAGUAAGUGCUGGUGACAUGCCUCUACUGCCUGGUUCAAGCUGAAAACGCUGUAAUCUAUACCAUGAUAGACCGAUUAUAAAUACCACAUGACCUCAUGACAGAUACAAUCUCG